AUGAGCGACGACACGGCCCGACCCAGUCUGACGGUAGCGAACUGGCUGGUGUACCUGGGCGAAUGCUAUUGGGAAAAGCAGCAGUGGAAUCAAAUGAUGAACGCCAUGAAAACAAUCCUUUACGAGCAUUCCGAAGUCUCUGUUUGGAACGAGCUAGUCAUUUCCAAACCUAAAAACUUGGAAGACGUAACCCAGGCCGUUUUCUACAUCGAUGGGUCGGACCACUACCAUCGAGCCCGAGCCGAGGCGCACCAUUUGGGCAAGCCCCUGUUGACGCUACGACUGGGAGACAUGGACGAAGAUUUGGUGUUUACCUGUGACACGGAAUCGAACCCACAUAAGGACCUUCAGCGCGGAGUUCGAGGACGUUUAUUAGGUCCUAACUUUGAGCAUGUGUAG